AUGCAAUCAUUUCCGCUUCGUCAUGUACACAGAAGUGAAGGAGCUGGUCAACUUCCUGGCAAAGGAAGCCUUUUCAUUUGUCAGCUUGCAAACUUUUUAGUUUGCCGUUAUCGCGAGCACAAAUGGGAACUCAAUGAUCCGGCAAAAGAUGAACAUCAUAGAGUCGUUCGUUCGAAAGUGAAAGGAUUCACGGAUCCCUUGAUUAUUACUGCUGCUACAGAAAUAGGACUUAGUGCUGAAGAGGUUCUUGAAUGUAUUCCUGAUAACAUCUUGCUGUUUGCCAAUCCUGGAGAGGUAUUCUAUCGAGCAGGUGAAAAUGCAGCUGCUGUGCCGAUUUGGACAGGCGAUAAAAGAGUGGAUCCCGACUUGACAUACUGCUCGUUACCGGCCUUCGUAACAAAUCCUGAAUGUGCUCCUACGACAUCACCUGCAUCGAACAUGGGUGCAGCUGGUAAGCCAUUCUACGUAGGAAGAUCCCGCGAAAGUGAUUCAGUGUAUGAGGUAGAAGAUGCAUACGUCCAACUCAAACUGGAACCAGUACAUCAAUCAAAUACGGACGAUAACGCUGUUCUACCGCAAUCAAACCUGAUGAUGUUCAUAUAUACACCAAAACAUCAUGUUUCGUAUACGAUAAAGGAAUUUGCGGGCACACGUUUUGGUAGCCAUCGUCUACGACCGGAUCACGAGGCCAUGAGGCGCAUCCAAAGAGAAGCCGCUGCGAGUCGCGGAAUAGAACUCGGAACACACGCAAGACAUACGAUAUGUGGAGAUAACAUGAGCAACAUUCGUCCACAAACGUUAGAAGCUGGGGACACAGGAGUUGACAUGUACUGCUCAAAUAGCACCACUUCACGGCCGUCACUGCAUGGAUCGUCCUCAGUAAGGUACCCAGACACCAUGAUGAACGACUUUGAAACGUUAAAGACGUUGACAGGUGAACAACGUGGUGCACUUGCGAAUAUAAUUCGAAAUAUUUCUAUGUUUGACCACACUCUUAGCCGUCUGCAACGAGCACUGACUACACCUCAACAUAUCCAUUCUCAGAACUCUGCGCAGUCUCGAAUGAAUAUAAAUUCCGGUUCAAACUCAAUCAUGGUGCCGAAUCUUGCAGAUUUUAAAUUUCCUUACUACAGUCCAAAUCCUACCACAGCGAUGUCAAUGACUGGACGUCGUAACAACGGAAGACGUCGUCUCGGUGGUGGUGGUGACAACAAUAUGACUCCAUGGUUUUCAUGA